AGCACCAGCAACAUCUGUCCAAGGCCGGCGCUGACCCAACACCCAUCGAUCCGACGGCGCCCCUCCGCUGCACACCGCACCCGCCAUGGCAGACUCAGACAUGGACAGCCAUCUCGACGGCACGGACACUUCUCAGACCGAUUUCGCGAGCAACGAGCUCUUUGUCAAGAUCCGAUCCCAGGCCAACUCCAACCUCGAAAACCAGAAGCAGGCCGCAUUCAUCCUCCUCGCCGUUGAGGAGACCAUCAAGGAGCAGAAUGAGCGUCUCUCACCUCUCGCAUACUUUGGCGCUCUGAUGACCAUUCUGGAGCAACAGAGUGCCGCAGCCGCCGGCGAUGCCAGCAAGGAAAACAUCAUAGUUGCGGUGACCUAUCUCCUAUCGAUUGUGUUCCCAAGAGUCCCAUCGAAUGUGCUGAAGCUCAAGUUUGCCGAUAUCACCAAAACCCUCUCCGAAACUCUGGAACUGCACCAACAACACGCCCCUCUCGUCCGAGCGCUCAUCGGAUGCAUCGAGUUCCUACUUGUGGCCCAAGAAUCUUCGACCUGGUCCUCGGCUGAAGCGAAGGGCCUGCUAAAGUCGCUUCUGUUCCUGUGCCUGGACUCCCGUCCCAAGGUGCGGCGAAGAGCCAACGAUGCCCUCCGCCGGGUUCUGUCGCGGCCUCCCCCGCCAGCUCUGCAUCACCCUGGCACCAUUCCCACCAUCGAUUUCUGUGCCCGACACCUCGAGGAGUACCGCAGCGCCAAGACCUCGCAGGAGAAGAAGGCACUGGAGACCCACGUCCUGCACAUCCUCGUUUUCCUCAAGAUGCUGCUGCCUGUGGUGUCGCUCCAGGCUCGCCAUGAAAAGACAAAGUCCAAGCUCAAGAACCUGUGCCAACUGCUCCUGCACAUCCCGGUGCGCUCCUCGGGCUCGGGCAACACCAUCUUGACCCAGUGGAUCUUCCAGGCCAUGGAAUCUCUCUUCACCGCCGACAGCGGCGAGACUUUCCCGCUGCUCGACAUUGCCCUUGUGGAUUCGGUCAUCCGCGAGCUCAUGGAGGUCCGCCCUUAUCAGAACGACGUGAGCUUGACGCCUGCCUGGUUCGACUUACUCGGGCGCGGCUUCCAGACUCUCGCCCUGCUCGUUCGGGAAACGCUGGAGUCGGAAGAUGCCGAUCCAUCAUCGGCUGAAUACAAGUACGCCCAGCACCAAUACGCCAAGCUUGUCCUGGACUUUUUCGAGGCCACCUUUGCUCCUGUCUUUGGCGAGUCCAAUCGCCAAGUCAUCAUCCAAAACGCCGCCACUGCCUUUGUGUCAAUGAUCCAGAACUCGCUUGUGGGCUACAUGGUCGACGACGCCGCCAGCUUCGACCCAGACAUGGGAAGCGCGGAGCUCCCGCCGCUCAUCCGCAUCCUCAACAUGAUCCGCGAGUCCUUCAAGAACGUGCGCUUCCACGACUCGUGGGGCGCCGUGUUGUCCAUCGCCGAGGCUGUUUUCGUGACUCUCGGCCGCAACAGCGCAGAGCUGGUUCAUGGACUGCUCGAGGAUAUCGUCACUCUGCGCGACGAUCCCAGCUACGGAGAGUCCUUCCUGUUCAAGAAGGAGCUCGAGUCGGCAUUGCAGAUGGCUGGCCAGGCCAUUGGCAUCGACACCUUCCUCACCUACAUACCCCACAAUAUCGAGAACGAUCGGCCGAACCUGCCGCGCCGGCCAUACGUGCUCGCUCUGCUGCUCGAAGGCCUCGAGCGGCCGCUUCCCGAAACCAAGAUCUCGAGCCCGACGCCGUUCGGUCCCCACUCGCUGCGGUACUUUGCCACCGAGAUCAUGCCUCUUGUCAAGCGCAUGCUCGACAGGAGUUCGGAGCUGUGGGGUGGAGCAACGCGCAAGGCCCUCGAGGCCAAGCUCUACGAGACUCUCGGAACACAGGCGUUCGGCCUCCUCGGCGGCAUCUGCGCCUCUGUCCCCGAGGACCUUGGCGAGUCCUUUGCAUUGCUCGGUCCUCACCUCGGCCGUAUCCUGCAGAUUCAGCCCACCGAGCUAUUCCCCAACCUUCCGUCGGAACCCGAUAUGCGCCCUCUCGUUUGCAACGCCUUGCGACAACUGAUCGACAGCUUUGUUGAGCUGUCGUCCGAGCACGCGGACUCGGAGAACUUUAUCGUCACCAGCCGCAUCAACAGUGGCCUCGAUCGACUGAAGGAAUAUUCGACGCGCUUCCUUGCUACGCUCUGCAACAACUACAGCACUGUCCCGCCCGAGUUCCUGGAGUCGAUCCGCAGCAAGUCCAAGGGCCAGAAUCUCCAGGUCCUGUACGAGCGCGAGAACCAGCACUACGAGAUCGCCAUCAAGAGCUUCUUGAAGAUUGCCGACGCCGAGGCCAUCCAGAACUACUUCUUGAACCUCGUCAAGACCCUGCUUCAGUCCCAAACCGAGCAGGAGUCGCUCGAAGGCGUGGAGAAGCAGAUUGUCCAGCUGCGCAACUAUGCCAUGCUUGAUCUGCUGCUCAUCUUGUUGCCGUUCCUGCCCGAAGUUAAGGAUGGCAGCGCUCCGAGCCAAGCUGGGGACACGCCACUCUCCCUCUUCUACAAGGUUCUCUCUGGCCAGCUGCGCGAUGAUGACCCGACUCUCCAAAAGAAGACCUACAAGGCCCUCGACCAUGUCAUCUCUGUGCUCACCCACAACCCCAAGCUGCUGGAUCUGGACGACCUCAUCGAGAACCUGAUCGACCCGGAUGUCCUCUCGGUUGUGGCCUCGGGUGCCAAAAAGUCGCGCAUCCAGUGUCUGAUGAAGGUGGCCGACGCUAUCCCGCCCAAGAAAAAGUCGCUGCUCUUGCAGUUUGUGCCCGUCGUUCUGUCGGAGGUCAUGCUGGCCACCAAGGAAGCGAGCGAGCGCGCGCGGAACACGGCCUUUGAGUGUCUUGUGGCCAUGGGGAAGAAAAUGAUGAUCUACGGCGAAGAGGGCAAGGUCAAAGGCCUGUGGGACAUGACUGUCCUCUCCAAGCAGCUCGAGACCUCCAAGGGCGACGACGAUGACGAUGAGGAUGACGACGAUGACGACGACGACGAGAUGGAGGGCUCUGAGCAGGAAGUUAGCCUGCGCGAGUACACUAUGAUGAUUGUCGCUGGUCUUGCUGGCUCAACCGUUCAUAUGCAGAGUGCUGCCAUCUCGAGCUUGUCGCGAGUUGUUUUCGAGUUCCACGAGCAUAUGGCUGACGAGCUGGUGAAGGAGCUCAUCACCACGAUCCUGUACUUCAUGGCAUCGCCCUCCAAGGAGAUUGUCAAGGCUGUCCUUGGUUUUGUCAAGGUUGUGAUCGUCACGCUUCGCCAAGAGCUGCUGGAGGAUCAUUUGGAGGAGAUCUGCGUCUCGAUUCUGGCGCACUCGCGUGACCACAAGUCGCACUUCAAGUCCAAGGUCCGACAUAUCUUUGAACGACUUGUCCGACGGUUCUCAUACGAGGCCAUCGAGGGCUUCGUGCCUGAACAAGACCGCAAGCUCCUGGUCAACAUCCGCAAGCGCCGCGAGCGGCUCAAGAAGAAGAAGGCCCUCGAGCGCGCUGAUGAAAGCGAGGACGACGAUCCGACGGCCCCCGGCGCCAAGGCUCGAGCCGCCGAGCGAGCCAAGAAGCUGAUUGCGCAGAGCAGCCAAAGGGCCUUCGAAGAUGCCGUCCAUGGCAGUGAGAGUGAGCUCGACAGUGAUGGCGAAGACCUCGAGCAGUAUCUUCCCGAGCGCCUCCGUGAUGGAUCGUCCAAGUCGAGCCAGCGCGGCGCGGCAGCCGAGACCCGCAUCCGCGAGGAUGGCGACAUCAUCGACUUUUUGGACUCCAAGGUCGUCUCCAAGGUGACGACGGCGCCGACCAAGAAGAAGACCGCCGCUAAAGAUGGCUCCGCCAAGGCAUCGUUCGCGCUGGGCGAUGAUGGCAGGAUGAUCAUCGAGGAUGAGGACGAUGAGGACGAUGUCGCCGGCGCCAAGGGUGCAGACGAGGCCCAGAACGAGGCCGAGGACUACUACAAGGAGACCCUGACGGGCGAGGCUGCCUUUGUGCGCCUGCCCAAUGGCAGCAUCAAGUUCCUCAAGGCCAACAAACGGAAGCGCGACGGUGAUGCCGACGGCGACGAGCGAGACGUUGGCGCCAAGUUCCCAGGCUUUGGAGGACGCAUCGAAGCUUCGCGUGGGCAGGAAGCUGCCGUGGCCAAGAUGCUGGGCCGACAAUACAAGGCCAAGAAAGCCAAGGGCGACAUCAAGAAACCCAACAUGCCCGAUCCCUUCGCAUACAUCCCGCUCAACUCCAAGAUUGUUGGCAACAAACGCAAAUCCACCAAGAUGGCGGGCCAGUUCAAGACCAUCAUCAAGGCCACGCAGCGAAACGAGGAUGUCACGCUGCCAGGCCAGAGCUCGGGCGGACCCGCGGGUGUCAAGAAGCAAAACAAGAAACACAAGUGAGCACGAGUCUCUCGGUAGAUCCCCGGGCAACACGAGUACAGCCCUGGGCGACAGUGGGCAUGUCUUUGUACCGACAGACUGCCCAGCGCC